AUGUAUAACAUCCCUCAUGGAACAAAGUCGAGUUUGUACAUUUUUCUUCUAUUCUCACAGACAUACGAGAAUAUACUCGAUUUCUGGUUCGGUUCCAAAUCAUCCCGGGAUUACCUGCGGCAAAAGUCAUUCUGGUACGGCAGCCCUGCAGACGACGCCUACGUACGUGAAAACCUAAGUGAGACAUACCAAGCCGCCAAAAAUGGUUAUCUCUAUGCCUGGAUCCGCGCCGGGGAGGGUGAAGGCGCAUUGGCCCUGAAUUUGUUGCUGGACCAAGUACCCCGCAAUAUCAUCCGCGGGGCCCCACAAGCAUAUGCAACAGAUCAUAAGGCUGUAUCAGUGGCACGGUAUGCCAUUGACCGGAAAUGGGACAAGAAACUUCCUGAUAUUCAGAAGCGGUGCAUGUAUUCGCCGUUCAAACAUUCGGAAAACAUUGACGACCAGGAGCUUUCGCCCAAGAUUCACUCGUCAUCGAGGCUCACCCAAGGCCUUAUCAUCACGUCGCUAGAUGCGCUUUCCACAUCCCCCGCCACCAUCGCACCGCUUGUCAAUCUCACUCUCCUGAGCUUCUCACUAAUGGCUUGA